CCACCACCACCAUCCGCCUCGGAAUCGGCGCUGCCCUUGCCGGUCAAGGUGACCGUCGACUCGCUCGUACAAUCCCUCGACUCAAUUACCGCUGGAAGAAUCGUCGCCGAGACCUCCGUGCUGUCGGGCCCAAAAUCAAUCCCACAACCGCCACCUAAGCUACAUGUCCGCCGGCCGUCACGACCACUGAAGCACCCACUCCUUCACGUGCCUCUCGAACACCGCCGGAAACGCGCCGAACGUGGGCGUACCAUUACCCCGAUGCUCCGAAAUUUUUCGAUCUCACCGUCGAGAGGUCUAAGGGCCAACGGAAGUCGUCUGAAGUGGCGGCUUCAUCGUCAUAGCCGAAGGCCUCGCCGACGAUACCGAAACCGACCACCAUCGCAAAGCAGCCGCACCUCACCGUCACCUGCCACCUCCAAACAGCCCCCGGUCAAAUCGAAACAGCCCUCAGUCAAAUUGAAACGGGCCCCGGCCACAUCGAAACAACCCCUAACCAACUCUAACGAGUCACCGGCUGACGAGACCACACCGCCAGCCACUCGAACUCCGUCUCGAACAGCAUUCAGGACACCCGUAAAACGAACCCGAGCCUCACCGGAGGGCUUUGGAACACCAAAGGAGGCCCCUGCAUCUAAGCGGGCUCGAGGAGGCACAUCAAAGGCCCGAGAAGCAUCCCCGGCAUCUGAACCAGCGGCACGGCAGCCGUGCGUGUACCGUCGAGGCUUGUCCUCCUCUGCGCCAGGAGGAUCGUCGUCAAUUGCAUCCCCUCCACCGGUCAGGCCCCGGUACGCCAAUAUUCAUGGGCUCACUUUUGGGAGUGCUAUACAAUUCUCCACGUAUGAGGAUUUGAUUUCCCGAGAACUGAAGCCCACCAUUUUUAUCGACCACGGCGUGUUGGUUGAACUCGGGCCACAUCGAGGAAGACGGCAGGUCGGUUUCCGUCUUGGUGGUGUUGAUUAUACGUGGCGGGAUGAUGACUUCGCCGCCGCAUUCGGACUGCCCGAGGAUACACUCGACGAGGCUACAGGCUUCUCCCGGUCAUCUAAGAGUGCUCAGAUUCGCAACCCGGCGUUAAGAUACAUGCGGCGGAUGAUAAUCUAUCUCGUCACCGAUCAGUAUGAAAAUCGGCACCUAACUAUACCUGCUAUCCUCGCCGGACUAUUUCCAGUCAAUUCGCGUCGUGACCCCAUCGCGGUAAGGGGAUUUGUGACAUGCUUAGUCGAGCAUCUCGGGGUCAAUUUGCACGGGAGGAAGGCGAUUGGAGAAGUGACACACUUUGAUCUGCAGAUGCUGGAGCAAAUUGGCGACGUGAAGAAAGAGGCCGACACCCGCUAUUGGAUGGUGUCAGCAGAGGAGAGGCUGCCUUUGCCCAAUCGCUCUUUCGUUGACCUCUCAGUCGCGGCUAUUCACGCCGCCUUCCCCGAGCAGCCGGAGCAGGUCCUAGAAGAACAGCCGCAACCGGAGCAGGUCCUAGAAGAACAGUCGCAACUGGAGCAGGUCCCAGAAGAACAGCAACAGACGGAGCAAGUCCCAGCCGAGCAGCCGCAACCGAUCUCAGACCACCCAGCAGUCCGGCCAUCCGGCUCCGACACAUCAGACUCCGACGUCCGCAGGGAGUUUUGCUGCGAGCUCAAGUCGCGGAGUUGGAGCACGAGUAGCAGCGCCUUCGGGAUCUCAUUUAGGACUUUCUGGAUGGGCGGUGUCAGGCGGACCCGGGCCCUUCCCAUUAAUGCCGCCGACCUUGCCAACCGCACACACUGGAAUGCCAUCUAUGACGAGGGAAAUAAUCUCAAAAUCACUACAUCAACAAUCAGCUGCAUAUACAUAUACGGGCAGCCAACGUCUAGCCCCUACAGGCAACCAACAACCAGCCCCACUCCACACUUACCAAAAGGACAUUGUCCUCAACGGCACGACACUAAAAUUGCAAACAAAAAGAAAAUAAAAACAAAGAGGGUUUACGAACUUCCCUCGUCA